AUGCAGCGAGAUCCAGCAUCUCCUGCCUCUCAUACCUCCGCUUCAGCACAAGCCGACUACAACCUCUCACCUCCUUCGCUAUGGCAGGAUGGUCGGAAACGGAAGAAUGCUCCGCCUGGCUCGCGGAGCGUCGAUACCCUCACGCCCGAACAGCUGGCCAAAAAGCGUGCCAAUGACCGUGAAGCCCAACGCGCAAUCCGAGAGCGGACCAAGCAGACCAUUGAGAACCUGGAGCGGAGAAUACAGGAGUUGACAUCCCAUCAGCCAUAUCAAGAGCUCGAGGCCGUCAUCAGACAGAAAGAUGCUAUCCAAGCAGAGAAUGAGGAGAUUCGCAGGAGGCUUGCGUCAGUCAUGUCCAUCAUUCAACCCAUUCACAAUGUCCAGGCUGGACUGAUUCAGACACAUCCUGUUCUCAAUCCUCUGUUUCCUCCAAGUAACGGCACACAAGCCAGCCCAACCUCCUUCCAUAUCCAGCGAAAUGGGCAGACUGCCUUCUCCGUCUCUCCCAUUCUGUCACAAGGCCAGUCAGAAACACCACCGCAUCCUCCACAGUUGGGAGGAGAAGGAGUCGAGGAUCACAGGCCUUCAUCCACGUCAAGAGAUGCACUGAACAACCAACGAGACAAUCUACAACGGAGCCUCGAACUGAAUGAGGGUGGGGAGCGUGUCAACUUCGGAUUUCUGCUCGAUCUUUUGGGACAACGAACAGGCAAUGCACGCGCGCAAAAUCACCCUCACCCUCGACCACGACCACGACCUCAGCCCAGCCUCAGCUCCCCGUACCCAGCCCUUCCCGAUCAAUUGACACUUCCCACGACACGUUGGAGUGUCCUCCCCAAGAUCAGUCCUCCUACGUGCCCCCUCGAUAGUUUACUACUCAAACUCCUACAAUCUCGUCAGCGCGACCCCAUCAGCGGCGCCAACACACUCCCCACAACACCAAGUUAUCCUUCUGUUUCGUCUCUUCUGAAUCCCAGUGGGCCUCGUCGAUCGCUGGAUGACAUGUCCCAACUCAUGACAGACAUCAUCUCCAAGUUCCCCAACAUUUCUGGAUUGCCAGAACAAGUAGCGACAUUGUUUAUCAUGUUCACCCACAUGCGCUGGCAAAUCCAUCCUACCAAAGAGAACUACGAGCGCCUCCCUGAAUGGUUCCGGCCUACUGCAGCACAAAUAUUCCAACCUCAUCCCGCAUGGAUGGACCACAUCCCAUGGCCGCGGAUGAGAGAUAGGGUUGUGGUGAACCCUCAGGAUUAUCCAUUUGAUGAUUUCUUCUUCCCUUUCACAGCCGAUUUAUCUGUCAACUGGCCAUAUGAUCCGGUGGAUUGUCUCCUCAGCACUUCCGAGAAAGAAGAACCAGUUAUCAACCCGGUGUUCGAGAGCCACAUUCGACGCCUGGAGAACUGGAGUUUGGGACCGUUGUUUGCCGAGACCUAUCCUAAUCUGGUGGAGACGGUGAGAAUAAAGGAGAAUGAACCCGGGCCAAGCUGA